AUGCUUAAAAGAUCUUCAAUACUUUAUCAAUCAAUAAGGACAAGAUCAUCAAGUUCAACAUCAGCAUUAGCUUAUAAAACAUUACAUCGUAAUCAAAAAAGACCACCAUUACCAACAUUAGAAACUCCAAAUUGGUCAGCUGAUACAGCAGUAUCUUCAAUAUUAUAUGAAACCCCAGUUGCAUCAAAAGCACCUCCAAAACAACAUGUUUUAAAUUGUUUAGUACAAAAUGAACCUGGUGUAUUAAGUUCGGUAUCAGGAACAUUAGCUGCUAGAGGAUUUAAUAUUGAUUCAUUAGUUGUUUGUAAUACUGAAGUAAAAGAUUUAUCAAGAAUGACUAUUGUUUUAAAAGGUUUAGAUGGAGUUGUUGAACAAGCAAGAAGACAAAUUGAAGAUCUUGUUCCAGUAUAUGCUGUAUUAGAUUAUACAAAUGCUGAAAUUAUAAAAAGAGAAUUAUUAUUAGCAAGAGUUUCAUUAUUAGGACCAGAAUAUUUUCAAGAAUUAAUAGCAACUCAUCAAUUACAUAUAGAUGAUGGAUCAUCAAUUCCAGAUUUAUCAGCAUGUGAAUCAGCAUAUCAUCCAUCAAAUUUAGCUCCAAGUGAAGCCCUUAGACAAAAACAUAUUCAUUUAGAUCAUAUUUCAACUAUAACAAAACAAUUUGGUGGUAAAGUUGUUGAUAUAAGUGAUAGAAAUGUUGUUGUUGAAUUAUCUGCAAAACCAAGUAGAGUUUCAAGUUUUAUUACAUUAUUACAACCUUUUGGGAUAUUGGAAUUAGCAAGAUCAGGAAUGAUGGCUUUACCUAGAACUCCUCUUGAUGGAGUUAAUGAAGAAGAUGAAGCUGCUGUUGAUGCUGCUGAUAUUGUUGAUGCUUCUCAAUUACCACCAGGUUAA